AUUAUCUACAAUUUCUAUUAUGCGCGUAUAAGAUAAUCAUUCCCGUUGAAAAAUUCUUAAUUAAUAAUCAUUUUCAUAAUACAUCAUAUUAAGAUUAUACUUUGUUAAUUGCUACGUACUAUUUAUCGAUUUUUAAUAAUUAAUCAAGUAAAUGUUUUAAUUAAAGCCCCUGUUGUUAGGCAACACUUCUUACACGGUCGAUAAUGUUCUAUAUAAAUUUUUUUCCGAUCAAAUGUAUCUACAAAUACCUUACUUACCAUCCGUACAGUAGGACAGUUCGUUACCGACUAAUGGCGUCCGUACCGACAUUAUCGAUACGGUAAGUGACGUAGUAUAUUUAUGUUUCGAUCACGUUGAUGUUUAUUUAUCUUCUCGAAAACUUUUAUCUUUCCAUCGGUCGAGCAUAAUACUUCGUCGAGUAUAUUGAUGAAAUUAAUUCAUUUGAUUUAGAAAAGAAAAAUAACGAAGAGUGUAUUUCUUUGUAAAAGAAAAAACUCUUGUUGAAUUAUUACAAAGAACAUUGUAGUGCCUACAAUCUUUAUAUAUAUAUAUAUAUAUAUAUUGUUUUGACAUAACCUCAAAUAAAUAAUAAAAGAUGAUCUUCGAGUCGGCCGAUGAAUCGAGAGACUUUCUUACGCGAUAUAAAAUAGAUUAUCCUUCGAGGGAUGCAAAGAAAUUGGCAAAGUAUGAACCGAAAAAGUUUUAUCCAACAUCCUUGAAUAUAUUAAAUGAACCGUAUAAAUGUCAUUUAAAUACAACACAGCUAAAUGAUACUCUACCUUCGGAGGAACGAACGGAAAAUCCUCGACAUUAUAUUAAUAGGGUAAACGAAAAGUAUCCGCAUUUGAAAAAAUUUAUUCUCGAAUCUUCUUUAAACGAAGAACUUGUCGAACGAGAAAAUAAAAAAGUGAAACGAACUAUCUAUCAAACGGAUUAUUCUAAACAUCUUGAUGAUUUUUUAUCUUUGCGUGAUCAAAAGUUAGGAACGCAUAUGGAACGAGUAACUUUACCUGACGACUGGAUUAUCCCGGAAACCGUACAAAAACGAUCUUUUCGAGAUCCUUGGAAAAUGAUUAGAAGAGAUUUAUUACUCGUUAAAGUCAAGGGAAAACCAGAAAAUAAUCUCGAUCCUAAUCCAAAAGAACGUGAAAUUCUUCGUGUCAGAACUGGAAAAUCUGAAUACGAAGAUGCUAUCGGUAAAACAGGAGAUUUGAUUAUGAAAGAAAAACCUUAUGGCAUACCAUUACCAAUUGAGCCGAACGUCAUAUUUCCAACAAAGGAUGAUCCUGAUAAGAAAUCUGAAUGUUCUAUUAUUCUAGCAUCCAAAAAUGUGGCAUUGCCAUCGAAUGUAUUUUGAUUUUUCAUUUUUAAAACAUAAAAUUAAUUUUUCGUUCAAAUGUACAAGUAAAUUUAAGGUUAUGGAUUAAUGAUCAAUCGAUCAAACAAUCGUUAUUUUCGGUAAAAAAUAAAAUAUAGUAAAUUAAAUUA